CUAAUUCUUUGCGGAUAAUAUAGUGAUUAAUUCGUAAAACUAUCCUAGUUUCUCUCUAAUAAGUUUGUAAUUUUCAUCCUUGUCCAUUGGAAAUUAGAGUUGCGAGUGAAGAACGAAUAUGUCUAUUAGUAUAGCAAUACAACAGCAGAUACUAUCUUAAUGGUAAGUGGGGAUUAUGUGCAGGUCUAUUGAUAAGCAGCAGUCCACGUGAUAUUUUGUAAUCCAGAAAUUUUUCAAACCCCAUAUAUGUAUAUAUAUUGAUCCAGAUCUACAUCAGUUCGGAGUUUGACUAGUAUUUGAUACCUUUUAGUAUAUCAGAAGUGUGCUUACAAUGCCAAACUUGCUAACUUCGUGGAACUGCCGUGAAGAAAGACAUCUAAUAAUAGUUCAAGAUGCCAAAUCAUCUUUGAUAAGAGCUAAGACUAUUAAAGAAGCAGGUGCAAAUCCUGUAAUAUUUGCAUCAAGUUCGUCUUCAGAAGUGAAUGAUGAAGAGUUUGAAGUUAUUUCCAAUAAAUCUUUGAAUAUAGAUGAUAUCAUUGAAACAAUGACAACUUAUGGUAGAGAUGAAGUGAAUAAUAUAAUUGAUAAAGUAUUUGUAGUCUUACCAAUAGCUCAACAUGAAUUAAAAUGUCAGAUAUAUAACGAAUGCAAAAAACUCAGAAUACCGAUAAAUACAACUGAUACACCUGAGUUGUGUACAUUCACAUUACUUUCGACUCAUACUGCGGGAGAUUUCCAAAUGGGAGUGACUACUUCUGGUAAAGGAUGCAAAUUAGCAUCUAGAAUUAAAAGAGAGCUUGUUAAUGCAUUACCAGCCAAUAUAGGUGAAAUAUGUGAUAAAGUAGGUGAGCUUAGAACUAGAAUACAGCGAGAAGAUGCGAUCAUUUUGUCAUCUAAUUCAAAUCAUGAAGAUAUUGGUGAACAUGACGAAGAUGCUGUAACUACAUCCAAAUUAAACUCUUUAGUUGAAGAAUUCAAUAUGUCAAAGGAACAACAGAAAUCGCAAAGGGCAAGAUGGUUAAGUCAAAUAGUUGAAUAUUUCCCAUUACAAUAUCUUUCUACUUUAUCGUUAGAUGAUUUGUCUCAAGCAUAUCAUAAUAAAAAUGAGUUAAUAGAUAGUACCGAAAAGGAUGAUGAAAGUUUUGAAAGUGCUAACAAGAGACAAAAAUUAGUAAGAAAGCAAGGAACAAUCUCAUUAGUUGGAUCAGGACCAGGAUCAGUCUCAUUACUUACAUUAGGAGCACUUCAUGCUAUAUUCACAGCCGAUUUGAUUCUUGCCGAUAAGUUAGUACCUCAGGAAGUUAUUGACUUAAUACCGCAAAAGAGAACCAAAUUAUUCAUUGCAAGAAAGUUCCCUGGUAAUGCAGAACGAGCUCAACAAGAAUUACUUGAAAUGGGAUUACAAGGAUUAGAACGUGGUGAACGUGUUGUACGUUUAAAACAAGGUGAUCCAUAUAUUUUUGGUCGUGGUGGUGAAGAAUACAAUUUCUUUCAACUGAAAGGAUAUAAACCUGUUGUUUUACCAGGUAUUACCUCAGCUUUGGCAGCUCCUGUAUUGAGUCAAAUUCCUGCCACCCAUAGAGAAGUAGCAGAUCAAGUUUUAAUUUGUACCGGAACUGGACGUCGUGGGGCUGUACCAGUAUUACCUGAAUUUGUUAAAUCAAGAACUACUGUAUUCUUAAUGGCUUUACAUCGUAUAGUUGAAUUAAUUCCUAAAUUAAUUGAAGAGAAAAAUUGGAGUCCUGAUUUACCAGUUGCAAUUAUAGAAAGAGCAUCGUGUCCUGAUCAAAGAAUUAUAAGGACAACAUUAUCAUCAGUAGCAGAAGCAGUUGAAGCAUGUGGUUCAAGACCUCCUGGAUUAUUUGUUACAGGUUAUGCUUGCGAGGUAAUAGUUAAGAAUAAUUCAGAUUCUAAUCAGAAAUGGGUAGUUGAAGAAGGAUGUUCAUCUAUCAAUAAAUCUACCUAUUUAUCACCAAUAGUAGAUUUAAUUGCUAAACAAGAAAAGUUGAUCGAAGAACCCCGCGAAAGACGACUUCCACCUGUAGGACCCCCAAUGUACAAAGAUUAUUUAUUUAUAUAGUUAUAUAUUUAUUCAUUCAUUCAUUUAUUAAUGUAAUAUAUUUUAAUGUAAUAUAAUAGAAGUUAAUUUAAUAAAAC